AUCAUCAUUCCCCCGCCCAAACCCCACUCCCCUUUUUCCCUCCAAAAAAAUUCCCAAUCCCCAACCUUCGCGAACCUUCUCGAAGCGCCAAGCGGAGCUGCCCGAUGGCGGCGCCCCCACCGCCCUACCCUCCUGCCAUCGCCGUCGACGAAGAAGACNAGGGCUUCGAUUGGGAUGCGGCCGUGCGGGAGAUCGACAACGCCUGCGCCCUUGCCUCAGCCUCCACGACCGCCAUGUCGACCUCAGCCCCGCCGCCGCCGCCCCAGCCCUCGGCCGCCCCGUCGUCGGGCCUCGCUCCCUCGGCCGCGGUGCCCUCCUUCCACGGGCCGUCCACGGGAGUCGCGCGGCAGUCGACACUCGACCGCUUCGUCGACUCAUUCACCAGGAGGCAGGCUGCGAAGGAUAGGCCGCUCCCUGCGCCGUCGGUUCCUGUGGAGGCAGCAGUGCCGCCUGGUGGUGGCGGGGCGCACUUUGUGGACCGUGGCGAUGAGGGGUGCUCGCGGAAGGCGAGUGAGGAGAAGGUCGUGGACCGGCCACGCACUGCGGCGCUCGACUGCUUCGUCGACGCGUUCACCAAGAGGCAGGCUGCGAAGGAGAGGCCGCCCCCUGCACCGGCGGUUCCUGUGGCGGCAGCGGUGCCACCUGGUGGUGGCGGGGCGCACUUUGCGGUCCGUGGCGAUGAGGGGUGCUUGCGUAGGGGGAGCGAGGAGGAGGUUGCGGAGGGGUCCUGCACCGUGGCGCUCGACCACGAGGCAGUGCAGACGUGGAUCUAUCCAACUAAUGUGGAAGUCCGAGAGUACCAACGAUAUAUUGUCCAAAAGGCUUUGUUUACAAAUACACUAGUAGCCCUUCCAACUGGACUUGGCAAAACUUUUAUCGCAGCCGUGGUGAUGUAUAACUAUUUUAGAUGGUUUCCUGAAGGUAAAAUAGUAUUCACAGCCCCUUCGCGUCCUCUUGUCACUCAGCAAAUUGAGGCAUGUCAUAAUAUAGUGGGUAUACCGCAGAAGUGGGCGAUUGAUAUGAAAGGGAAUCUAAGCCCUUCAACGAGAUCAAGCUUGUGGAAGUCUAAACGAGUGUUCUUUGUCACUCCACAGAUUCUUGAGAAUGAUAUACAAUCUGGUAUAUGCAUGGUGAAACAACUAGUUUGCUUGGUGAUAGAUGAAGCUCAUAGAGCUUCGGGAAAUCAUGCUUACUGUGUUGCUGUUCGCCAGUUGGUGGCAGCUGGUGUGCCGCUAAGAAUUUUAGCUUUAACUGCGACACCAGGAUCAAAACAGCCAAAUAUCCAAGCUGUCAUCAACAAUUUAUGCAUCUCAGAGUUGAUUCAUCGUGAUGAAAGUGAUCUUGAAGUCAAACGAUAUGUUAACACACGUACAGUUGAACUCUUAAAGGUUCCUGUUGGCAGUGAUACAACUCAAGUCAAUGCUAUGAUUUUGGAUCUUAUAAAUACACAUGUUGUUCAGUUACGUGCUGCUGGGGUGAUUGAUAACAGGGAUGCUGCAAAUUGGAACCCACAUCAGUUGCUUAUUUUAAGGACGAAAUUCAGCCAAGCACCUCCACCAAAUAUUCCUCUGGAAAAGAAAAAGGAAAUUCAUAAAUCUUUUGCAGCUCUCGUGUCACUUUGUCAUGUGAGUAAAAUGCUUUGGAGCCAUGGAAUCAAGCCAGCACAUGAGUCGAUUAAAGCCAAGUUGAAAGAAGGGCACUCAUGGAAUUUUGCUUCAAAGAAUCAAACCUUUUGGGAUGCAAUGAAUAUGAUGCAGAAGAUCUCAUCUGAAGGCUUACCCAGUCCAAAGGUGCAGAAAUUGGCAGAAGUGUUGGUCGAUCACUUCCACAAAAAUGAUUCCAAGGACUCACGGGUGAUUAUCUUUUCAAAUUUCCGGGAAAGUGUCAAUGAGAUUCUCGGUUCAUUAAGAGACAGUGGUGGCGGACUUUUCAGACCCGCACAGUUCAUCGGUCAAAGCUCUACAGGUGACCGACUGAAGGGCCAGACACAGAAAAUGCAACAAGCUAUUUUACAGAAAUUUCGAGCUGGGGAUUACAAUAUUUUGGUGGCAACAUCAAUUGGUGAGGAAGGUCUAGAUAUUAUGGAGGUGGAUCUUGUGAUUUGUUUCGAUGCCAAUGUCUCUCCAUUAAGGAUGAUCCAACGAAUGGGAAGGACUGGGCGGAAGCACGAAGGACGAGUUGUGGUUUUGGCUUGUGAAGGACCAGAGCUGCAAGGGUACAUGAAGAAACAAGGAAGUGCUCGGACAAUGAAGAAUCUUCUGCGUAAAGGGAACGCCUUUGAAUACCAUUCUAGUCCCAGGAUGGUUCCACAUGUCUAUAGCCCAGAAGUUAAAUAUGUUAAAUUAUCAAUAGAGAAGUAUGUCCAUUGCUCAAAGAAAAGGAAAGUUGAUGUGAGUGGCACACCACACAUUUUGAACAAAGUUUCAGAGGAAGAUGGCCUAUUGAUUGCUCAGUACUUCAGUUCAAGCAAAGAAGAUACUUGGAAACCAUCUCUUGUUGCGUUCCCUAGUUUCCAGGUUUCUCCAUGUGAUAUCUAUAGAGUGCCUCAUUCCUAUCGAACUACAGAUAUGCUAAUCGAUACUAUGCAACAACUUCAAGAUGUUUCUUUCUCUAAAACUAAGUGUGGAAGCCCUUUACAAGAACCUACUUAUGUAGCAGCUUUUGAGGAUCAGGCGUUGGAAGGUCAUCACUUUUCUUCUGGAGAAGUGUCAUUGAGUAAAAGUGCUAGUGUGCCAAGUUCACUGGUCAACAAAUAUCCUCUCCACUCAUUCUUCAGUGGGGAAUAUGUAGCUGUGGAUGUUAGAGGCUAUGUUUCUAUCACCUUUGUACCUGCCUUACCGAGGAUAUCUGAGUUCCAUAAGGAUACAAGGAAUGUAAAUUGGGAACAUACAAUCCAGAACAAGACUACUUCGAAAUUGACGGCAGAUGCCAGUGGGCAAAUAACAGAUAGCGUUUAUUCAAGUAAAUUGAUCUUUGCUGGCAAUGCAUUAAAUUCAGCUCCUCAUUUCCCUGAAUGUUGGGAGCAAUGUAACCAAGCUGAUGGCACACAUGUACUUUCCCCCAGUACUCCAUCUAAAACGGUUACAAGUCCAAUAGAAAAAUGGGACACACCAUGCAAUGCUAAACUAGCAAGCCCAGUUUUGUCAGGUCAGGAAGACAUGGAACUUAGUCCUAGGUUAACACAUUAUAUUGAAGAAGGAAUUGUUCCUGAAUCUCCAGUCCUUGAAGUAAGCCACGAACAAUUAGAAAUAGACAGUGCUGCUGAUCUUGGUUUUCUUGCAAAGGUUAGUUCUUCAAAGUCACACAUUCAGGGAGCUCAACACAAUCGGCCAGAAUGUAGUGAUGGGCCACUAAGCUUUGCGAGAGAAGGUCAAUUUCCUGCUGGUGUCACGGAACAUCAUGGUUCGUCAAGCGAGAAGAAUAUCCUAGUUCAGACUCAAGCAGAAACAGAAGAGCCAGUGUGUUCUUCAAAGGCAAAAAUCUACUGCAGUCCUGCUGCUCAUACCCCCACUGCAAAUCUACUGUGUGAUAGUAUGUCUGAUGAUUGGCAGCCUAAGUCGGUAGGGAAUACAUCAGGAUCAGUACAGCAAUUACCGAAGUACAGAAGACUCCGCAAAUGUGGUGACAAGAUCAAACGAGUAUCCUCAUUGUCUUUGAAUGAAAGAUAUAAUGGAUCUGUAGGAGAACAAUGUGAUCAGAUGGAGCAUGAUGUUGGAAACAGAAGGAAGGCCAAGAGGCGUAUGGAUAUAUAUAUUGACGAGGAAGUCGAAGUGUCUGAAGAUGCUGACAUUUCACCGGAUGAGGAUGAUGAUCGGGGUGAAGAUAAAUACGAAGAUAGCUUUAUUGAUGACCAGACAACUCCUACUGGCCAAUUCACUCAGAGUGAACAAGGUGGUGAAUACAGUAACACUAACGACAUGAUGGCAUUCUACAGACGAUCACUACUUAGUCAGUCAACGGUAGUCCUGCCCUCUAGAUACCAAGAUGUCUCUGAUAAUUCUGUUUCCAGAGCUGGAAGUGCAAGCUGUUCAUCAGGGAACUUGCACAAUCCUAUCGAGACUCCACAAGGGAUUCCUCAAAUAUAUGGUACCACUGACCCAAGUCCUAUAGGUCACCAGCAAAUGUCCCUGGAGAGAGACAGUUCGAUAAAGGAGCAGGGUGAAGCAACUGUGGUCAAUUGCGAAUCAACCACCAAACCAGAUAGCAGAAAGAGAAAACUAAGCUUCGAGCAUGCCGCCUCAAUCCCUGUCAUAAACCUUGAACCGGAACCAGCACCACCUUCCUCACAUGUUGCUACUGAAGUCGGUAAUGACAUAUACUGGGACGAUGCUUUCUUUGAGAACCUUGAUUUUGAUGCAAUUGAAGCACAAGCGACCGAGCAACUUAGACUCCAGAAAGCACAAUCAGCACAAAAACCAACGGAAACUAAGCGAGCAUCUGAUGUCAGCUUCACGCCUCCUUCGUUUGAUCUUGGGAUCUGAUAGCCUCUGUUGGUGAAUGGCCAUUCAAAAUAUGUUGAUGUGCUGUCUGCCGUGUCACCUGAUCCUGUGGGGUCAUGGUUCAGAACUGUACGAUGGCAAUGCCCUUUGCCUAUCAGUCUGUUACCACUGACCAUUUUUCGCCGAAGGAUUGAACCUUUGCAGCACAUGACAGACCAGCCUCAAGAUAUCCAGAUGGACCCUGGCGUGUUGCUAGCAAGAAUGCUUUGUGAGGUAUGUAUCGGUAUAGCCCAAAGACCGGAAGGUGUCGAGAAAUGGGUGGCAGCUAUUUACCCUUCUGUACAUAAUUAUACCGCCUUGUAUAACAGCAGCCCCUAUCUGUAAACAGUGUCUGAUAUAAUACAAGCACCAGUUGGAAAAGCAGUUUUUUGAACGCUUAAUCACGCAAUAAGGGUUAGCUUGUGCUGUACCAAGUGGUCUGCAUGGAUGGAAAUUAGGUUGCAAGGCCGUACCAGCACACGCAAUAAGGGUGAGUUGAUUAAUAGUGUGAGUGGCUGCUCCAUUGGUGCCCAGUUGCUUUCUCCAAGCAAGGAAAUUAUCCCAAACCUGUCAAUUCAUUUGGUCAGUAGAUAGUGUGCUCGCUUCAGUAUGAUAGUGUGAACCCGGAGAUGCCUGGCGCAGGUAUUAAAUCUGGACUCGCAUUCUCCGGAACAUCUCGCUCUCAAGAGAAAGAUGUAGCAUUAAUUAGUGCAAUCUAUGCACAUUGCAAUCAUUCUUUCUUCUACUCAUUGCGUGUAAUGCGACCCGAUGGGUAGUAAGCAAACUUAUAAUCUCCGAGUAAAACUGCAAACUGUGUACAAAUUAUGAUGUCUUUUUAAUUUCUCUUUAGCUUUUGUUCAAUACCUUGACUGAA